UUCAAGAACGAGAGUGCUGAUAAAAACAAGUUCAAGACAGAGAUCAAGACAAUAGCAGACCUUGCCGCCUUCACUCGCAGCCAUGGCCACCCCACAGCCUGUGACACACGUUAUUUUCGACAUGGACGGCCUGCUGCUGGACACAGAGCGGCUAUACACAGAGGCCACACAGGCGCUUGCUACCCCCCAUGGCAAGGAGUAUACAUGGGAGGUGAAGGUUGGGUGUAUGGGAAUGAAGGGACCACAGGCAGCUCAGCACAUCAUUGACUCCCUUGGCCUGCCUCUCACCGUUCCUAAGUACCUUGAACAGAUAGCCAAGCAUUAUAAUAAUCUCUUCCCCACGGCUAAGGUGUUGCCAGGAGCGGAGCGGCUGGUGCGUCACCUGCACAAACACAACAUUCCCAUCGCCAUCGCCUCGGGCGGCGCCAAGGACAGCUUUGACCUCAAGACCACCAACCACCGUGACUUUGUGUCACUCUUCAGACAUGUGGUGCUGGCCUCCUCUGACCCCGAGGUGACCCAGGGCAAACCCGCGCCGGACGUGUUCCUGGUGUGUGCCCAACGCUUCCCCGACAACCCAGACCCUGCCAAGUGCCUGGUGUUUGAGGACGCCCCAAAUGGUGUACAGGCGGGUGUGGCGGCCGGCAUGCAGGUGGUGAUGGUGCCAGAUCCUCGCCUGAGCUCUGAGCUGACCAAGGGAGCCACACAGGUGCUCACCACGCUGGAAGACUUCAAGCCAGAGAGUUACGGCUUGCCACCCUUUGAUGAUUAGUGAGGGAAAGGAGAGGUGAGAAGGUUGUGAGUGGAAGAGUGAUUGAGAGAGAAGGUGAUGUAGGAGAGUUGAGAAGAUUGUGAGUGAAAGUGAUUGUUAAGAUGAUGUAAGGGAAAGUGUGAGGGAGAGGUGAGGAAGUUGUGAGUGAAAGAGUGAUUAGGAAGGUGAUGUAGGAGAAAGUGUGAGAAGAGAAGAUUGUGAGUGAAGUAGUGAUUGGGAAGGUAAUGUAGGGGAAAGUGUGAAAUAGAAGUGGGUCAUGGUAACUGAGAUGUACUAAUUGUUACUUAAGCUCUCCACUCUGUACACAACACACCUCAGUGCAAACCCAUUAACCCUUUCACUGCACCAGAAGUAAUCCAUGAAAUCGUAAUCAACAUCUGUAAGAAAGGGAUUAAAAAAUAGAGUUAGCAAUUUCUAGCCAGUUUAUAAAGAUUAGAGGUGGCUGUAAAGUAUAAAGGUGCCCAUGUGAUUAUUGAUUAAGGAAAGAUAUACCAAAUAGCAGGCAAAGAAUUGAUUUGUAGCAGAAUGAGUUGUGAGUGAUUGGUAAGGUGAUCGAAGGGAUAGUGUAUUAAAACGGGUAAUGUUGACGACGAUGCAUUGAUUGUUACUCAUGCAUUCCACUCUGUACACCACCUCAGUGAAAGCCAUCAACUCCAGUACUGGGACACAUUUUUACCUUGAGAUUUGUAUACAAUUAGACCAUUUUUUUUUUUUUUUUUUUUACAUGAAGGCUCUAUGGAGGUCAGAAGAUUAAGGGCCAGAGUCUUCACUAUUUUAAUCCCCACAUAAAUUUCUGAAGCUGUACAAAGUCACCAAAUAGAAAGCAGAAUGAAUAAGGAAAUGUCGUGGUACUGAAGGAGUUAAUUUGUAGCUGUAUGAGUUAAAAUCCUCCCUCUUGAAGUACAAAAUGAGUGGUGGGCCUGGAGGUAACUUGGCAGCACUCCUGACUGGAAAGAUGCCACACACAACACUGGUGAUGGGUCGGCAUGACUGUAAUCUUGUGAGUUGCUGUAUGAGGGUGUGGGUGUGUAUUGUUGAUUGUUGGGUUGUGAUAUGUACAUGUAAUAAAGUCACUGCCAAGG